CGUCGAAUGUAGUGCUAAAAUACUCCUGCGCACGAUCGCACGACUGGAAAGUCAGCGCGGUUUUCGCGCCGAAAACAUGCUACCAUAAAACCGUAACUACGAAGAUAUUACAGAAAAAAGUCAAUUAAAAUUCUUAAAGUUAAAACUUAACGAUGUUGUUCAAAAUAGUUUUAAUACUUACGUGUAUGUCAACUUUCCAAUGCAGUAAGUUCUGCAGUGAUUACCGAACUUUGGAUGUACUUAAAAGAUCGUCAUACGAUUUUUCAGUGAAAUUAUUAGACAGUGUGUUACAAGAUACGAAAGCUGAUGAUUUUGUCUUCUCACCUUUGGCAACUUGGUUACAACUAACGUCAUUAGCGGAAGGCGCAAGGAAGAAGACUUUAAAACAGAUAUUAACAGUGACCAAACAUUCCACACUACAAUGUCUGAAGAAGAAGUGGAAGAAGUUAAUAAACAAAAUGAAUUCAGACUUGGAAGUCGAUCUUACACUUAGAAAUGUGAUUAUUAUAGAUAAACUGUUCGGUGUUAAAAAAGGUUUCGUGAGAAACGUUGAAAAACUGAAAAAUACUAAAGUUCUUUUAUACAAUUUUAAUAAUAUCGAUAAAGUAGCUGAUGGAACGAAUGAUUUCAUCGAAAAAGAAACUGAUGGUAAAGUUUCUAGUAUAGUUUAUCCAGAUUAUUUCAAUUCCACAUAUUUAGUAGGCGUUGGAGUGUUAUAUUUUACUGGCAGUUGGAAAUCUGCCUUUCAAAAGCAGUAUACGCAGGUGAAAGACUUUUAUUCUUUAUCAGGAGUAAAGGUGGGGCAAGUGAAUAUGAUGAGACAGUCAGGAUACUUCAACGUGACUUACAUCCCGGUGAUAAAGUCGAGAGUUUUGGAACUGCCUUGCUCGAACGAAAGGAUAUCCAUGUUGGUAUUCAUACCGAAACAACAGAAGCACUUGUUGAAUUUCUUCUAUUCACUGCGCAGAAUAGAAUUGAAAUCAAUAUUUACAAUGUUCAAGAGUUCUGGUGGGAAGUAUGUAAAUUUGGAAUUACCCAGAUUCAAAAUGAGCUUCGAAUUUGAUAAUAUACCUGAAUUGAUUUAUGAUUUGGGUGCUAGAAGGAUGUUUAGUCCAAACAACGCUGAGUUCAAAGGUAUAAGUGAUUAUACAAUUUUCCCAUCAAUGCUGACACAAGUGGCUGAUGUAGAAGUUACCGAAGAAGGUGUUCAAGCUAGAUCAUUAACUGUGGAGAAUCUCUAUCAAAAUAGUAGUGAAGUAUCAGAUUUUAUUGCCAAUAAGCCCUUUGUAUUUAUGCUAAUUGAUAAAGAAAUAGAAGUUAUACUAUUUGCCGGUAUGUAUGGUAAGCCUACAGUGUACGAAUGAGCUUUGACUUAUUCGUUGAAUGUAAUAAUUAUUUCGAUAGUGGAAAAGAAUUAAGUCAAUUUACUUGUCAGUAUAAUGUGAAGUCUUUAUUUGAAAUGUUAAUAAAAGCAUUUUAACUUUAAUUCAAAGUAGAGUAGAAUGUGAUAUUAAUAAUUAUUUAUGGCUUAUAAUAUUAAUUAAUACUUAAUUGUUUUCUUUCAUUAACGAUUCAAUAGCAGCUUGCGCAAUCUAGUCAUUUUAAAAAUCUAUCAAAAAUAAUUAUAAUAAACUUAUGUUCUUUAAUUAUGUUAUACUUUAAAAUGUGUGAAUGUAAUUUGAAUAAAUUGGCAUUUCUGGCUUAAAACUAUAAAUAAUUA